AUGGCCACCGAAGCCCUCGCCGCCCCCGUCCAAGCAUUCGACGGCCUGCCACCCUUCCCCGACGACGUCCCCACCGCACCGCUCCUGCGCCUGUCCCUCGCCUCGCUCCUGGCCCGCGACCCGAACGAGCUGUCCCGCUUCUUCCAAGCCUGCACGGACCUGGGUUUCUUCUACCUCGACCUCUCGACCUGCGCCGAGGGCAACGCCAUCCUCGCCGACGCGGACAAGCUCUUCUCCGUCGGGGCCGAUCUCUUCGAGCUCCCCACGGAAGAGAAGGUCAAGUACGACUUCUCCAAGAGCCACAAGAGCUAUUUCGGCUACAAGGGCUAUGGCACCAAUGUCGUCGACCGCCAGGGUAACCUCGACCGCAACGAGUUCUAUAACGUCAGCAAGGAUGAUAUCCUGGAGCAGGGGACGCGGUGGCCGGCGCCGACGGUGCUCGACGAGCAGCGCGCGCCGAUCAAGAGCUUCAUGCAACAUGCGCAUGGGAUCGUGACCUUGGUGCUGGAUUUGUUGAAUGAUUAUCUGAGGUUGCCAGAGGGGACGCUGCAGAAUAUGCAUCGCAUCGAGGGCACGUCGGGAGAUCAGGUGCGCUUUAUCAAGGCGCCACCGCAGCCGCAGGACGACAGGCGGACAGCGUUGGGUGAGCACACUGAUUUUGGGAGCGUGACGGUCUUGUUCAAUCGUUUGGGAGGUCUGCAGGUGCUUCCCCCAGGCAAGGAAGCGGAAUGGUGCUAUGUGAAGCCGUUGCCGGGACAUGCCAUCAUCAAUCUCGGCGAUGCCAUGGUCAAAUUCACCAACGGCUUGCUGAGAAGCAACAUCCACAGAGUUAUCAGUUCCCCUGGAGCGCAGGCCGACACGACGAGAUAUUCCCUGGUGUAUUUCAAUCGACCGGAGGACGAUGUGAUGCUGAAGCGGCUUGAUGGGAGCGAUAUGAUUCCACCGCUGGCGGCAGGUGAGAUCGAGGAGGAGGUGAAUAGCAAAGACUGGAUCAUCCGGCGAGCUCUGGGGAAACGGCCCGGCAUCACUGGCGCCAAGGCUUAUGACUGGGAUGCUUUCAAGGGUUCAGAAGACCAGUCCAAGCGAGUCAAUAUUCCCGUAGCCUCGACAGCCUAG